CCGAGGCAUUGCUCACUCAACACCACAGAUUUGGAGGGAAUUGCAGGAAACCAACACACAAUGGCGUCUCAGGAAUCCAAGCCUCUCACAUUGACCGUCGUUGGUUCGGGCACCAUGGGCAUCGCCAUCAUGGGCGGCGUCAUGGCCUCCCUCGCCAAAGCCAAAACCGCCGCAGCCAUCGACCCCUCCUCCGCGCCCAAAGACACGCCAAACGUCUCCCGCUUCGUCGCCUGCGACACAUGGAAGCCCGCCGAGGAGAACGUCAAGAAGGCCCUCGGCCACUACAACUUUGACCUGCAAACUCUCACAAACGAGAACCUCAAGGGUGUCCAACAAGCAGACAUCGUCCUCCUGUCCUGCAAACCCUACGGCUUCAAGGCCAUCCUGGGCGAGGAGGGCAUGCGCGAUGCGCUCAAGGGCAAGGUCAUCGUCAGCAUCCUGGCUGGUGUCACGCAAAAGCAGAUCUCAAAGUUCCUGUACCCCGAGGGCGCAGACAAGGUCGAAGACGCAUGCAGAGUGGUGCGCGUCAUGCCCAACACGGCCUCCUUCGUCGGCGAGUCCAUGAGUGUGAUCGAGACGAGCGAUCCUCCGCUGUCAGAGGCGCAGUACAAGCUCGUUGAGUUCGUCUUCAGCUCUAUCGGUCGCGUCACAACACUUCCUCCCGCAAACAUGGACAUUGCAACAGCACUGUGCGGCUCUGGACCUGCCUUCUUUGCGCUGAUGCUCGAGGCUGCUGCGGAUGGUGCGGUUGCCAUGGGAAUGCCGCGUGCGCAGGCGUACGAGAUGGCUGCGCAGACGAUGCGCGGAACCACAGGGUUGGUGCUAAAUGGCGAGCACCCUGCUGUGCUGAAGGAUAAGGUCUCGACCCCGGGUGGUUGCACAAUCGGUGGGCUGAUGUCGCUGGAGAAGGAUGGAGUCAGGAACGCGGUUGCGACAGCCAUCAGGGAGGCCUGUGUCGUUGCAUCCAGGUUGGGUGGUGAGCAGAGGGAGUUUGUGAACCACAGGCGGUAGACAGACGCAGGUCUGCCUUGAGGCGCCAGAAGCACAAAAUGAUACCAAGCUCG